AUGUUUAGAAAAACCCAUGCUCAUCAUAAAACUGUUCUUCGUUUCUUUGCUGUUGUUCUUCCAACUAGAAUGGAAUCCAUUUUAGUCGCCGGAUGGGUUAUCAUGGCUCUUAUCAUGAACUUGACCAACUAUGUUCACGUCAAACCAAAUUACAUUUGGAAACAAAAAUCCAAUGAAUUCGGAAGAAAAGUUGCUGAUCGUACUGGUAUUAUAAGUCUUUGGCUUUUUCCACCAGCCAUUUUAUUUGCUGGUAGAAACAAUUUUAUGCAAUGGGUUUCUGGCUGGCCAUUUGCUCGUUUUGUCUAUAUUCACAAAUGGAUGAACCGUGUUAACUUUAUUCUUGGUAUUGCCCACUCUGUUGGUAUGACUUACAAUGGUAAAGGUCUUGGUAAAUACUACACCAGAAAUGCUAAACCAUACGUUAGAUGGGGUUAUGUUGCCAUGGUUGGUAUGGGUAUUAUGGUUUUCCAAAGUUUGUUUUUCUUUAGAAGAAGAAACUAUGAACUUUUCAUUGCUGUUCAUUUCAUCUUGGCCAUCUUUGUUGUCUGUGGUCUCUGGAUUCAUACUACUGAACAAGGUUUCCAUAUGUUUAUGAUUGCUUCUGUUGCCAUUUGGGGUUUUGACCGUGCUGUUAGACUUGCUAGAUUGUUUGUCUUUGGUUUGAGAUCUGCCACUGUUCAAUUGAUUGCUAACGAAACCAUUAGAGUUUCUGUUCAAAGACCAAGUUGGUGGGUACCAUUCCCAGGUUGUCAUGCUUUUAUUCACUUCAUGAGACCAACUUGUUUCUAA